GGGAAUGAUUUUUGCGGAGGCAUCCAGAGCGAGGAUCACAGUCGCCCUCAGAAAACUCCGGCGUUAGGUUGUCGUCAACGUGACUCAUAUCACGGUACUUAUUGGUGAAUCUAGCCUGUAGCGUUGUCUCUCCGACGAAAAUGGCGUUGGAUGUUGCCGAGGGUGACGUGAUCUAUCUGCUCCAAAAGUUCAAGGCACUUCAAGAGGAGCGGAUUUACACCUAUAAUGUAUUCCACGAGGGGCACAAAUUAUACCUUGCGUCCGCGCCCAACUAUAAUUUUCCUCAGUUCCGCCAACUGGUCCAUGACGUAACUCAAGAAUUCCGUAGGAUAUCCGAAGGAAUCAUUGAACUCGAAGAGAGAAUCAGACCGAUCGAUCCGAAACUCGCCUCAGUCAUCCAGCACUUGCAGGAAGCCGAGAAAACUAAGCUGCGAGUGACCGCCAGGAAACAACUCGCUGAACAGAGGCUCCAAGACAGCCCGGAAGUGAACCACGAGCUCGCCAACGAGCUAGCAAUGAUGCGAAAGACUUUGAUCACGGUCACGCAAACGAUUGUCGACUGCUGCGAGGAAGUCAAGUACGCCCUACAGGAGUACAUGAACCAAGACAGAGCAUCGGUGGACUUAGAAACUUAGCUCAACCAAUUGAAGGGGAAGUCUGUCUGGAGACUCUCCUGAAAAAAUCUUGUUCGUAUCAUUCCUUGCAUGCGACCGAUAUCGCAUGUUUGUUCCCGAGAACCGAAGUCCUCCACUCCACCCGGAGAUGACGCUCCUUAUCUCUACAAUAAGAGCAGACAAUAAAUGUGCAACAACCCCCACUCC